CGUCUCUUCGGAUAGAGUAUUAUGGGCUAUCCAGCAUUAUUGAGGCAGAGAGCUGAGGGAAAAAAUAACUGCGAGCUUUAAGUAAACAUGGAGCUCUCAGCCGUCGGGGAGCGCGUCUUCGCCGCCGAAUCCAUCAUUAAACGGCGCAUAAGGAGAGGACGGAUGGAGUAUCUGGUCAAAUGGAAAGGCUGGUCUCAGAAAUACAGCACCUGGGAACCAGAGGAGAAUAUUCUGGAUGAGCGUCUUUUCGCUGCAUUUGAAGAAAGAGAGCGUGAGAGGGAGAUGUAUGGGCCAAAAAAGAGGGGACCUAAACCAGAAACAUUUUUAAUGAAGGCAAAAGCUAAAGCAAAAGGCAAAAACUAUGAGUUCAGACGGGAAAUGUCUCGAGACUUACACGUGUCAUUCCCAGUAGCCGAACCGGUUGUGACGCCCAGAGCACGUGAGGGACUGCGGACAGUCGUGCCAACGAUUUUCCCACCGAGCACCAUCAACAGAGGCGAAAGUGUUCGUGUGCGUCCACCGGACCUUGAGAGAGACGCACUGACUCAUGGGAUACAACGGCCGCUGGAUUUUGCCAGCUCACCAAAAAAGCGAGGACCAAAGCCAAAGUUGCGUCCAGGAGGUUCAUCCGCUGAAGGUGUUAAAAGAAAGGCAGAUGAACCGUUAUCUUAUCGACCUUCCAAAACCGAGAGAUCAGGAGAGACCUCGAACUGUGAUGGCAUUCAUUUAACCCAAAAGUUUCAAGCAGAAUCCAGCCACGUUCAGAAGCAAAUGGGAAGCAGGUCAAGUGACGUCAAGUUCACACAUGGUGGCACCAUCUUAAAAGCUGGGCUUGGUGUUUUGGGACAUCGACGGAAGGACAGCUCAAGUGGUGCCAUAAGCCAAUCCAAGAUGAAACAUCCUUCCAAAAACCAUCUAUUUCGAUCCACCGGUCAAGCCAGAGAGCAACUGUCUCUGAGUUUUGUAGAUGAAACCGAUCAGUCCUGGUUGCCUUGUUUGAAGAAUAUGGAGAAAAUUAUUGUUACUGACGUAACAAGUAACUCUUUGACUGUAACCAUAAAAGAGAGUUCAACAGACAAAGGUUUCUUCAAAGAAAACAGAUGAUCAUGUGAUUUUUAGUUUAUGUAUGUAUGUAUGUGUGUGUGUGUCUAUGAAAUAUUGUAAUCAAAUUAGAAACAACCUACAUUUCUAUAUCAUUUCUAGUCUAUAAAUGUAAAGUCUUGCAAUUAUGUACAUAAUGCCAAAAAAAUAUAUAGUUUAUGUUUAGCUUUCAUUUCCAUUCACAUUUUCUAUGAAAAUUAAGUUUAUUUUUCUAUUUCCCAGAUUUUAUGUAACGUACACCCGUUGGUUCCUUCCUUUGGUUGCCUUCUUCAGCUUCAUUAUGAAUGUAGGUAUAGAUGCUGUUAACCCAUUAUUAAUGUUUCAGCUUAAUGCACCUUUUAAGGGACAUUUAGUCCCUCUUUUAUGAACUUAUGGUAUUUUUCUGGUUAGAUUUUGUAUAUAUUUGAAGGUCCAAACGGUAGUCUGUAUUAAAGCACACCCUUUAAAAAGAGUGAAGGGAAAUAAGCUACAUAUAUAAUUAAACCCGGUGUAGGCCUAAAUAUAUAAGGCACAAGCAUUUAGGGUUUAGAUUCGUAUUUCGUUAUUUUUCGUUUUUCUGUUGAACAUAAUUGUGGAUUUAAACAUUUCAAUAUGAAGCUGCUUUAUGAUCCUUUUCCGGUACAAAUCAUUUCUAACUUGCAGAAUACCUAAGUGAUGAAAUAAAACGUUUUAUUACAUUUAAAUGAUGUCAACCUGUUUAAUUAACGGUUUAGUGUAAACAAGAGUUCAGUAUUUUUGCAGAGCGAACAAUGUGUAUCACAUCGAAAAUAAAAGUGUAAUUUAGCUAUGUCUGGAGAAUUUAUUAAAAACCUAUUGAUCACGCAAACGCGCCAUUUGAUCAUUUGUAAAAUCAUUUUAUUAACGAAAUUAAUUUUUAAAACCCGAAAGCCCUUUAAAUCGGGUUUUUACUACAGACAGUGCUUGUAAACAAAGACUUAAAUAAACGGUAAACCGAUAUAUAAUAUUUUAAACAGCAUGUCGGCAUAUUUUGAAAAGAUUUGAUAAUGACCUGAAAGAUUUUACGCUGUUGUAAUUACAUUCAAAAAACAUUUAAAAGUGUUCAAGUUGUUCAAUGGAGGGAAACAAGCUGGCCAAAUACAAUCAUUCGUCCUAGCUCAGAUAUUCACUCCGUUUUAAACUUAUUUCUAUUAUAAAGAUAGGCUACACAUAAAAUUAUAUAAUAUUAUUGCAUACAAUUAUUCAAUUUUAUACAUUUAUUAUUAAGAAUAAUAAGCCACCGCACUGCCAUAAGUGUCGUAGCGAACAAGAAUUUGUAGUUUCUGUAUUUCUAUUUUUAAAGAUCUCUAAAGAAAGGGUAAUUAUUUCAUACUGGCGCUUAAUGUCUGUCAACAAAACCCACUAUCAGGCAUUCUCAAUAUUUUUCAGUAAUUACAAAAAUACAAAGGCUAAAAUUGGUUUCACGUGGGGCGUGAUUUCAAAUCGAAAUAUAAAAUUCUGUAACAAGCGCUUGUUGAGGAAGUUCAGUCCACCAAAUGCCACAAGAUGUCGCCAUGAACUUGAUACAACAGAUCCGUAUUCCUUUUAAUAAUCCCUUGAAUUCCAUCUAUCACCGAUAAACUGAUUUUUGCUUCAAAUUAAAUAUUGAGACUGCUCAAUGUGUCAACUGUCCCCGUGUUUGUUUUCAUUGGUUUCAUU